CCGCGCGCGGUGCGGCCCUGUUGCAGAGCCAUGUUCCACAGCAGCACGCAGCGUCGGCAUUGGACUUUCCGCAGCGAGGAGGAGCUGGCGCGGCGCCGCGCUGAGGGGAACCGCCGGGCCCGGGCCAGGGCGGCGGCCAGUGGAAAGGUGCCGCAGGGCGACCCGGUGCUGCUGGAGCCGCACGAGGAGCUGGCACUAUGCAAGUACUACGAGAAGAGGAUGCUAGACUUCUGCGCCGCGUUCAAGCCCGCGAUGCCGCGGUCCGUAGUGGGAACAGCUUGCAUGUAUUUCAAACGUUUUUACCUCAAUAACUCAGUGAUGGAACAUCAUCCGCGGAUAAUAAUGCUAACAUGUGCAUUUUUGGCCUGUAAAGUAGAUGAAUUUAAUGUAUCCAGUGCACAGUUUGUUGGUAACCUUCGAGAAAGUCCUCUUGGACAGGAAAAAGCUCUUGAACAAAUAUUGGAAUAUGAACUGCUUCUUAUUCAGCAACUGAACUUCCAUCUCAUCAUCCAUAAUCCAUACAGGCCAUUUGAGGGAUUUCUAAUUGAUAUUAAGACUCGCUAUCCAGUGCUGGAAAAUCCUGAAGUGUUGAGAAAAACAGCUGAUGACUUUCUUAACCGAGUGGCUCUGACAGAUGCAUAUCUACUCUUUACACCCUCACAGAUCGCUCUCACUGCCAUAUUGUCUAGUGGCUCAAGAGCAGGAAUUAAUAUGGAAAGCUAUUUAUCAGAAAGUCUUACACUGAAAGAAAACAGAUCAACCUUAUCCAGAUUACUAGAUGACAUGAAAUGCAUGAAAAAUCUCAUUAGAAAAUAUGAACUGCCGAGGCCUGAAGAGGUUGCUGCUCUAAAACAGAAGUUAGAGAAGUGUCACAGCUUGGACCUUUCAUUUCAUGCAAAUAUAAAGAAGAGGAAAGGUUAUGAAGAUGAUGAAUAUGUCACAAAGAAAUGUAAAAUGGAUGAGGAAGAGUGGACUGAUGACGAUCUUGUGGAUUCAGCAUUACUUUGAAGGAAGAUGGACUUCAACCACUGGAGGAACUACUCUCUGGUGUCAGGUGUGACUCUACCUGCCCCAGGUUCCUUAUUAUGUGUCAUAAGCUCUUAAUGCUGUUAGUUCUUACCCUGGCAGUAAAGCCUUUUAUUUUCAUAAAAGAAUAAGUUGUGGUUCUAUUAAACACUCAUCCAUUACAGGUCCAAUACCAGCAAGAUUUGCUUCAAGAAAUCUGGCCCUUGUUUUUGGUUCAGAAACAGUUUGAUGUGGUUGCAGUGUAGUGUUAAGAGCAUUAGCUGAUUUAUUUCCUUUUCAUACAUUGUUAGUGUUCUAUAAUACACACACCUUAGAUGUAGCUUUGGGUGCUCCCUAGUUUCAUUCUCUUUGCUGUAUUUUGUGUGUAACAAGUAAAUUAGGUAGGCAGCUCUGUCUUCCAGUGUGUAUUUUUACCAUGCCUAUACCAAAGCAACUAAAUCCACAAAAUAAUCCCUUUUAUACACUCUGUUAAAGAUCUAAGUAGGACAAAAUGAAAACUUAAUUACUUACUCUUCUGAGAUGCAGUUUGAUACUGGCAUGACAAGGUUAUGGGACAAUCUAAGAAAAGACUUCUCUAGUAACAAGGUCUUGCAAACAGGUGUAUUGUCACUAGGGAAGAGCAUGUGUUUUCCCGGUGCUAUACAUGUGACAUCUGGGAGCUCUCACCUUCCAGAAGCUGUUCCAGCUGGAGACCAGGGCAAUUCAGCAAGAGCCACUAUAAUACUACAACAAAGAUGCAAAAGCAAACUCUCUGAUUUUAUGUGACAGUGAUUUGGCAGUUCUGAUAGACAGGAAAAACACUAUAGGUAUUGUAAAUGUUUACAACAGUUUUUGUAUGAUAGACUUAUUUAAGUGGUUAUCUCAUUAGUCUUGUCAGUGAAUCCUUUUAUUCCCUAUCACUGCCUAGACUGUAACACAUGGUGAUGAUUAAAUAUACCCUCUAAAUCAACAGUACAUUUUACUAUUUAAUUUUUUAAACAGUUUAUGGCAGUGUGAUGGGCAGGGACACCUUCUACUAGACAAGGUUGCUCCAAGCCUCAUCCAACAUGCCCUUCAACACUUCCCAAGACUAGGGCAUCCCUGGCUUCUCUGGCACUCUAUCAGUGUCUCCCCCUACUCAAAGGGAAGAACUUCUUUUUAUUAAAUCUCAACCUACCCAAGAUGUUUUAACAUCUACUUUCUCACCCAAUGAUGUACAAAUUAAGGCAUAGGGACAAGGUAAUGCUGUCUGAGGACUCAUGCUCAAAAAGUGACACAGUUUGAACACUUCAAAGUACAUCACCAUUGCAGACACUGAAAAAUUACCAUAGCAGCCAGAGUAAGCCAAUUUCCAUAGAGUUUGAGAUAUGCAGCUUGAUUUAUUAUAAAAACUUACUUUUCACUAAUAAUAAUUAUGGUAGACUUACAGUACAAAAAAAGACCAAACAAUACCUAUUUUAUAAAAUGGUUUAAUGAAUGCAUGCAUGUCUGAUAUAAUGAUCAAUAAAUUUGCUGAAUUCAAAUUA